GUUAUUGUUAAUAGGACGUUAAAUAAAAUAUAAAACAAAAUGAAUUUACUUUACUAAAUGUUUAAAUGUGUAAACCUAAUGUUCCCAUACAUAACCAUGCUUCAUUCGAUUCGCGUGUCGAUGUAUAGCUUAUAGUUUUCAAAGAAUGACAUAUAUUUGCCGUUUCUUACUACUUGGGAGGGAGGUAUCCGAAUUUGGACUACAGAUUUAGACAUAGAAUACUUGUAAAUUCUGUAUUGAUCAUAACUUUAAAAUCUAGUUAACCCUUAAAAAGAACAGCUAAAAUAAAAGAAUGUCAAAUGCUUAUGUAUUUUCAUGGGAUUGGAAAAUUAAAAUGCACUACCGUUACCAUCGAGAUCUGAAGACGUGCAAGUACGGAAAGACAUUAGAUAAUAUUUAUUCAAUUUUUACAGUGAAAUAUCAAAAAGAAAAAUUAAAAAAAGUGAUAUUUUUCACUUGCGAAUCACUUUUUUCUGAUAUUUUUCACUUAUAAAAAUAUCGCUUUUUUCUGAUUUGACCAAUCAAAGCACUGUUUACAAACGACAAUGAAAGAACUUUAAAGCUGCCACGGUAGGUUUUCCAACAGUAUCUUCAAUGAAACAUUUUUUGUUAUUACUGAAGACAAUAUGUUAGAUAUUCACUAUCCUGUAAUACGGUUAUGUUAAUAUAUAUCGCAAUAUAUGUGAGUUAAAACACUUGUGUGACGUCAAAAGUAAUUGAUGAUGUCACAAUGAAUACAUGACGUCAUAAAUGUCGAGAUCUGUCUAUCCAAAUGUGUUCCUUUAUUUGGUUUGUACCAGUUGUACUGAAUGUGUACGGUACCAUAAAAUGGAACGCAUUGGAUCUCAAAUAAUUUCCCAAGAUGUCGUCUAUCUCUAUAAAGUUUACAGUUCAAACAUAAAAAAACGAUUAUUUUUCUUUUUACAAUGUAACGAAUGUUAAAUCUAUACCCGGAUAAUUCCGUCAUAUGUUAACACGUACAUGUAUACUUUAUACAGUUUAGUCGCAAAUGAAAAUCCCUCGUCUCGUUUUUAACGAAACGCACACAAGUAUGACGAAUGAAGCAUCGCAGUUCUCGCCAUAUCCAGGGAAUCCAAGUGAUGGGUUGAUUGGUGCAUAUGAUACAUCGAUAGAGACAGCUCUCCUUGAAGAACUGUUCAACUCAUCAACGUAUAAUUCCUUUGUUCGACCCUCUGAUAUAGUCAAUGUCACAGUUAGAUUUACUGUGCUUUCACUCAACGAAUUGAACAUAAAAUCCCAAACCAUGCAUAUUUCAGGAUAUCUCGAGGUGGGAUGGGAUGACCCUCGUUUGUCUUGGUCCGGACUCGCUGCCUACUCUGGUAUACUGGCCUCUACUGUAAAUGAAGACACAGUUUGGUACCCGCCGCUAUCUAUCGUCAACUCAGUAAAUGACCUACAGAUAUUAUACGAUGGCAUUACACCCGUACGCAUGUUUCCAGGUGGUCAAAUGGAAUGGCUUCCUCUCCGAAAUUUUGAACUACACUGUGACACAAAUCCAAUGUACUAUCCAUUCGACACACAGAACUGUCCAAUCGCCAUCACAGUGUGGACAUACACAACGUCUCUAGUCAAUCUUGAGGCAGCAACGGGUGACGUUUUUAAUUUGGAUUUUUAUCAUGAAAACGGCGAGUGGGAGUACGUCAGUUCUGCAGUAACCACGGAAACGGUCGAGCGAGCUGGACACGAAACAUUAACAUUGAUUAUUGCUCCCAAAUUCAGACGCCGCCCGCAAUUUUUUGUGAUGAAUACGAUAAUACCUAUUCUAUUAUUGGCCAUUUUGAAUGGAUUUAUUUUCUCACUAAGUGUAGAAUCAGGAGAGAAAGUGGGAUUUGUCCUCACUGUUCUGUUGGCUUAUGCUGUUUACCUUACCUUGGUAUCCGAUCACAUCCCUACAACGUCAGACAACACGUCAAUACUGAGUAUCCUGGUGUUGAUGGUCCUGAUGAUGUCAGUCAUUUCCGUCAUCGUUACGAUCUACGUCAUCAGGUUAAGUGGGCGCUCGGAUGAAGUGCCGAUAUCGGAUACAACUCGCAGACUUACUCAAAUGAUGGCACGCUCAACAUUCUGGGGAGGAUGUCGCCGCCGUAAGAAACAAGUGCAUGUAGAGGAGGACAACACGAACGGCGUCGAUAAGACAGAUGUUGACAACACACCAAAACGGACACCUGAGAAGUCGUGGGUUCAAGAAAUUUCUACACCUGAUGAUGAGUGGGAAAACCUGACAUGGAAGGAAGUUGCAGAUAUCAUUGAUCAUUUUUGUUUUGUUUGGUAUUUUAUAGCUACUACCAUAGUGAGUGGAUGCUGUAUAAUUUUAAUGUUGUAUGGGUAUAACAACUAUAAAACUUAGUUAUGUAAAAACCAUAAAGAAAUUACUGGAGAAGAGGCAUUGAUGAGUCCUGAACACAUAUAAAAAACACCCGAAUUCUUUGUCGUUCAUAUAUCAAAGUCAAUAUCAAUGAUAAGUUACCAAACACCCGAAUUCUUUGUCGUUCAUAUAUCAAAGUCGAUAUCAAUGAUAAGUUACCAAACGUCUGAAUUCCAGACAUUUCCUCCAAUUAUUUUAUGUUGGUAAAAACUCCCGAAUCUACAUACAAAAACAACCGAAUCCACAAAUAAAAACGCCUGAAUCCACAUACAAAAACAACCGAAUCUACAUACAAAAACAACAGAAUCCACAAAUAAAAACAGUCGAAUAUACAUACAAAAACAACCGAAUCUACAUACAAAAACAACAGAAUCCACAUACAAAAACAACAGAAUCCACAAAUAAAAACAGUCGAAUCCACAUACAAAAACAACCGAAUCCACAAAUAAAAACAGUCGAAUCCACAUACAAAAACAACCGAAUCUACAUAUAAAAACGCCUGAAUCCACAUACAAAAACAACCGAAUCUACAUAUAAAAACGCCUGAAUCCACAUACAAAAACAACCGAAUCUACAUAUAAAAACGCCUGAAUCCACAUACAAAAACAACCGAAUCCACAAAUAAAAACAACCGAAUCCACAAAUAAAAACAGUCGAAUCCACAUACAAAAACAACAGAAUCCACAUAUAAAAACACCCGAAUCUUAACGGGAAAAUGACAGAAUAAGACGUUAAUUGAUAACAGGAGACCUCGGAGAAAACACCGCCCGAUUCCGGUUACGGCAUGUAGUGAAAUGUAUCAGCCUCUGACACCGGGGUACGUUUGUUUUCAUUUAUUUUUCAUAUCCAAACAUGACAAAUUAAAUCUUUUUAAACUCAUAAGAUCUACGAUAUUUCCUCGCAAAAACAAAGUAUUUUUAAU